GGUGUCGCCGUGCCGUGUCGUUGGAGACAAGGCGCCGGCAACGACCGACACGCCAGUAACAAUCGACACGCCAGUAACAAUCGACACGCCAGUAACAAUCGACACGCCAGUAACAAUCGACAACGCCAGCAACGACCACCUUUAUUGCUUGCCACUACUACUGCUACUACUACUGCUACUACUACUGCUACUACUACUGCUACUGCUACUGCUCCUAUGGCACAUGACGGACAUAACCGAAUGGAUCGGCCGGAGAUAUCCCGUUCUCUUCCGGAGGCUCCGGCUACUAGAGAAUUGAUCGCCGCCCGCGUCGAGAUAUCCCGCUCUCCGUCCGCAGGCUUGAAGCUCCAUCUGUCGCCCGUCGUCCGACGCCUGCUCGUCAGUGUCGAGUGUCUUGGCGCGGGUGAGCAUUCGUGCUCCAGCAAAGCACAGCACAGCUCGGCUCAGCCAGUUUCUUACCUAAGCACUUGGUCAACCAGCACGUGGAGUGGACCCCCCCCAACCAACCGGCCAAUCUCACGUCUCGCAGUAACCAUUGACUCUACCCUACUCUACCCUACGAUAGACUUCACUUCACACCCGACCCAAUGCCUCAUGCACACUUCUCCAUUCACAGCCGACCCAAUCCCUCGCCCCUCGCCCACUUCUCCAUUCACAGCCGACCUAAUCCCUCGCCCCUCGCCCACUUCUCCAUUCACAGCCGACCCAAUCCCUCGCUCCUCGCCCACUUCUCCACCCUUCCCAGCCCCAGCCCCCAACUCGAGCCCCGCGAGGUUUCCAUGCCAGCCAGCCCUCCCCCUCGACCGAGCUGUAACCCACGCUGGCAGAAGCGAAUCGAGAUGCAAUGUAUGUAGGAUGUAGGUAAUGUGGACCUUGAGAUGGCAACGUCUCGACGGCGACAGCUGGUACGCGAGCUGCAGGAUGACGGCGGCGGUGGAGCAGUCAAGUGAAGUGAAGGACGAGUUGCAGACCAGAAGUUCGACUUCGACUUCGUUCCACGUGACCACUACC